CUAAUAACAGUCUCUAUGGAAACCGUGACUGGUCAGGAGAAGAUGACUACAAUCAGCACUCAGCCAGGCGUGGUCACCACGCAGGUGAUGUCUGUGGAGCCGGGGUCCCGAUGGACGACAGACAUGUGCGACUGCUGCGAUGACUGCGGAAUCUGUUGCUGCGCAUUGUGGUGCUUCCCGUGCAUGAUGUGCAAUACAGUCAGUGAAUUUGGGGAGUGCAUGUGUCUGCCCCUCAUGGACCCCUUUUGCAUGGGAUACCUGGGAUGCAGUUCACUCUGCCCCCCCAUCACCCUGGCCAUGAGGGCAGCCGUCCGCGAGAGAUACAAGAUAAAGGGGUCCAUCUGCGAUGACAGUGUGCGCUCCUGCUGCUGCUACUCGUGUUCCUGGUGUCAGAUGGCUCGAGAAAUCAAGAGAAGAGGAAACUAUUCAGUUGUGACAACUGCCCAAACCACCAUAGUGACCAACACCCCCGUGUACCCACCACAUCAAGGCUACACCCCCCUGGUGGAGUACUAGUCCCGCGUUUCCGGUCACGUCUGUUACGGCACGUGCAGGCAUACGUGCGCAUGGUUUAUUUACUUCACGUCACUUAUUAGGUCAUAAAACAAUAUUUUUUAUUUAGUUUCAAAACCACAUGGAUGUAGAGAGAUGGUGUUUAGCCGGGGGAGGGGGUGACGAAGUCUCUUUUCUGUAGCUUUUUUGUAUUUUCAAUAUAGAUAUUUUAGUAAAACAAGCAUUUAUUAAAGGUCAUUUUCCUAGA